GCCCGCUGGCCGAAACCUGUCCGGCCUGCUUUCUGCCACCGCGCACGCGCGGCGCGACGUCACGUGCGCUCCCAGGGCUCAGCGGAGCUGGCGGGAGGGGCCUUGCCAGCUUCCGCCGCCGCGUCGCUGCUGAGCUCGAAAGGCGGGUUCUCGGUGCCUCCGCGGCGGGGUAGCCGGAGGUCGCGAGGCCGAUCGAGGGACGCGAGGUGGCGCGGCCAUGGGACUGCGCCGAGCCCGGUGACAGCAGGGAGCCGAGCGGCCCGGGCCCUGAGCGCGUCUCCUCCGGGGGGCCUCGCCCUCCUGCUCGCGGGGCCGGGGCUCCUGCUGCCGUUGCUGGCGCUGCUCCUGGCGGCGGCGGCGGCCAGAAUAAUGUCAGGCCGCCGCUGCGCCGGCGGGGGCGCGGCCUGCGCGGGCGCGGCGGCCGAGGCCGUGGAGCCGGCCGCUCGCGAGCUGUUCGAGGCUUGCCGCAACGGGGACGUGGAGCGAGUUAAGAGGCUGGUGACGCCCGAGAAGGUGAACAGCCGCGACACGGCGGGCAGGAAGUCCACUCCGCUCCACUUCGCCGCAGGUUUUGGUCGGAAAGAUGUAGUUGAAUAUUUGCUUCAGAAUGGCGCAAACGUCCAAGCACGUGAUGAUGGGGGCCUUAUUCCUCUUCAUAAUGCAUGCUCUUUUGGUCAUGCUGAAGUGGUCAAUCUCCUUUUGCGACAUGGUGCAGACCCAAAUGCUCGUGACAAUUGGAAUUAUACUCCUCUCCAUGAAGCUGCAAUUAAAGGAAAGAUUGAUGUUUGCAUCGUGCUCUUACAACAUGGAGCAGAGCCAACCAUUCGAAAUACAGAUGGAAGGACAGCGCUGGAUUUAGCAGACCCGUCUGCCAAAGCCGUGCUGACUGGUGAAUAUAAGAAGGAUGAACUCUUGGAAAGUGCCAGGAGUGGCAAUGAGGAAAAAAUGAUGGCUCUGCUUACACCAUUAAAUGUCAACUGCCAUGCAAGUGAUGGCAGAAAGUCAACUCCAUUGCAUUUGGCAGCAGGUUACAACAGAGUAAAGAUUGUACAGCUGUUGUUGCAACAUGGAGCUGAUGUUCAUGCUAAAGAUAAAGGUGAUCUGGUGCCCCUGCACAAUGCCUGUUCCUAUGGUCAUUAUGAAGUAACUGAACUUCUGGUCAAGCAUGGUGCCUGCGUAAAUGCAAUGGACUUGUGGCAGUUCACUCCUCUCCAUGAGGCUGCUUCCAAGAACAGGGUUGAAGUGUGUUCUCUUCUCCUGAGUUAUGGCGCAGAUCCAACACUGCUGAAUUGUCACAAUAAAAGUGCUAUAGACUUGGCUCCCACACCACAGUUAAAAGAAAGGUUAGCAUAUGAAUUUAAGGGCCACUCCUUGCUUCAGGCUGCACGGGAAGCUGAUGUUACACGAAUCAAAAAACAUCUCUCUCUGGAAAUGGUGAACUUUAAGCAUCCUCAAACACAUGAAACAGCAUUGCAUUGUGCUGCCGCAUCUCCAUAUCCCAAAAGAAAGCAAAUAUGUGAACUGUUGCUAAGAAAAGGAGCCAACAUCAAUGAAAAGACUAAAGAAUUCUUGACUCCUCUGCACGUGGCUUCUGAGAAAGCUCAUAAUGAUGUUGUCGAAGUAGUGGUGAAACAUGAAGCAAAGGUUAAUGCUCUGGAUAAUCUCGGUCAGACUUCUCUGCACAGAGCUGCACAUUGUGGUCAUCUGCAAACCUGCCGCUUACUCCUGAGCUAUGGGUGUGAUCCUAACAUUAUAUCCCUUCAGGGCUUUACUGCCUUACAGAUGGGAAAUGAAAAUGUGCAGCAACUUCUUCAAGAGGGUAUCCCAUUAGGUAAUUCAGAGGCAGACAGACAGUUGCUGGAAGCUGCAAAGGCUGGAGAUGUAGAAACUGUAAAAAAACUGUGUACUGUUCAGAGUGUCAACUGCAGAGACAUUGAAGGGCGUCAGUCUACACCGCUCCAUUUUGCAGCUGGCUAUAAUCGGGUGUCUGUGGUGGAAUAUCUGCUGCAACACGGAGCUGAUGUGCACGCUAAAGAUAAAGGAGGCCUUGUACCUUUGCACAAUGCGUGUUCUUACGGACAUUAUGAAGUUGCAGAACUUCUUGUUAAGCAUGGAGCAGUAGUUAAUGUAGCUGACUUAUGGAAAUUUACACCUUUACAUGAAGCUGCAGCCAAAGGAAAAUAUGAAAUUUGCAAACUUCUGCUUCAGCAUGGUGCAGACCCCACAAAGAAAAACAGAGAUGGAAACACUCCUUUGGAUCUGGUUAAAGAUGGAGAUACAGAUAUUCAAGAUCUACUUAGGGGAGAUGCAGCUUUAUUGGAUGCUGCCAAGAAGGGUUGUUUAGCCAGAGUAAAGAAGUUGUCUUCACCAGAUAAUGUAAAUUGCCGUGAUACACAAGGCCGACAUUCAACACCCUUACAUUUAGCAGCUGGUUAUAAUAAUUUAGAAGUGGCAGAGUAUCUCCUACAACAUGGAGCUGAUGUGAAUGCUCAGGACAAAGGAGGACUUAUUCCUUUACACAAUGCAGCGUCUUACGGCCAUGUAGAUGUAGCAGCUUUACUAAUAAAAUAUAAUGCAUGUGUCAAUGCUACGGACAAAUGGGCUUUCACACCUUUGCACGAGGCAGCCCAGAAGGGACGAACACAGCUUUGUGCAUUACUAUUGGCCCAUGGAGCUGAUCCAACGCUUAAAAAUCAGGAAGGACAAACACCUUUAGAUUUAGUUUCAGCAGAUGAUGUCAGUGCUCUCCUGACAGCAGCCAUGCCCCCUUCUGCUCUGCCUUCAUGUUAUAAACCUCAAGUGCUCAAUGGCAUGAGAAGCCCAGGAGCCGCUGCAGAUGCUCUGUCUUCAGGUCCAUCCAGCCCAUCAAGCCUUUCUGCAGCCAGCAGUCUUGACAACUUAUCUGGCAGUUUUUCUGAACUAUCUUCAGUAGUCAGUUCAAGUGGAACAGAGGGUGCUUCCAGUUUGGAGAAAAAGGAAGUUCCAGGAAUAGAUUUUAGCAUUACUCAAUUUGUAAGAAAUCUUGGACUUGAACACCUAAUGGAUAUAUUUGAGCGAGAACAGAUCACGUUGGAUGUAUUAGUUGAGAUGGGACACAAGGAGUUGAAAGAGAUUGGAAUCAAUGCUUAUGGACAUAGACACAAAUUAAUUAAAGGAGUUGAGAGGCUUAUCUCUGGACAACAAGGUCUUAACCCAUACUUAACUCUGAAUACCUCUGGAAGUGGAACAAUUCUCAUUGAUCUGUCUGCUGAAGAUAAAGAGUUUCAGUCUGUGGAGGAAGAGAUGCAAAGUACAGUCCGAGAGCACAGAGAUGGAGGUCACGCAGGUGGGAUCUUCAACAGAUACAAUAUUCUCAAGAUUCAGAAAGUUUGUAACAAGAAACUAUGGGAAAGAUACACGCACAGGAGAAAAGAAGUUUCUGAAGAAAACCACAACCAUGCAAAUGAAAGAAUGCUAUUUCAUGGGUCUCCCUUUGUGAAUGCAAUUAUCCAUAAAGGCUUUGAUGAAAGGCAUGCCUACAUAGGAGGCAUGUUUGGAGCUGGGAUCUAUUUUGCUGAAAACUCUUCCAAAAGCAAUCAGUAUGUAUAUGGAAUUGGAGGAGGUACUGGGUGUCCAGUACAUAAAGACAGAUCUUGUUACAUUUGCCACAGGCAGCUGCUCUUUUGCCGUGUAACCUUGGGAAAGUCUUUCCUGCAGUUCAGUGCAAUGAAAAUGGCGCAUUCUCCUCCAGGUCAUCACUCAGUCACUGGUCGACCUAGUGUAAAUGGCCUAGCAUUAGCUGAAUAUGUUAUUUACAGAGGAGAACAGGCUUAUCCUGAAUAUUUAAUUACUUACCAGAUUGUAAGGCCUGAAGGUAUGGUUGAUGGGUAAAUAGUUGUUUUAGGAAACUAGCACCGCCGAACCUAAAAUCAUCUAAGCAGCUGGUGGCCUCGUAAGUUUUACUCCUUUGCCGAGAAAAAUCAUCUUGUCCACAACCCUGUGGCAAAAGGUUAAAAAUGUGAAAGGGUUUUACCAUUCUGACUUGAUAGAGCUUUAAUAAUGUACAGUGUUUUCUAAAUGUUUCCUGUUUUUCAGCACUUUAACAGAUGCCAUUCCAGGUUAAGCUGGGUUUGUCUGUACUAAAUUAUAAACAGAGUUAACUUGAAUCUUUUAUACAUUGAUUCUAACAGAAACUGUAAUUCCCCUCAACAGAACUCGUUUCACUAAUACAGUACUGUGUUCUUCAAACACAGCAUUCACACUGAAUACAGUUUCAUUUGUAAAACUGUAAAUAAGAGCUUUUGUACUAGCCCAAUAUUUAUUUACAUUGCUUUGUAAUAUAAAUCUACUGUUUUAGAAUGGCAGCGGUUUACAGAUUUUUUUCAUAUGUACUGCUCGUCUGUACUUCAUCUUGAAUCAUCAUGAUUGAGUGAUCUUUGACGUUUGAUUCCAGAGGCUGUGUUGAAUUGUUAGCAGACACCUUGUCACUUGGGAAAGAUUGAUCCUUCAGAUUUAAUUUGUUGAUGGAAACAUUUAUCUCUCAUCAGUAAUCUUUCCCAUUUAAGAACUUGUUUCAUAAAUACUCUGGGAGUUUAAUUUGUGAUAACUUUGUAUGUAUAACACACAUUCCAAAGAGCUCUAACUUUCACAGUCCUGAUUAUUAAAGACACUUCUUUACAAGCCUCACACUCUGGGUUUCACAUUGAAAAUUUUUCUUAUGUUAUUUUGUGAAAAUUAGAGCAAGAGCUUCUGUUUUUUAGAGAACAGUUAUAGUGUUGUUUUCAUGGAAUGUAAAUAGGAAGUUGAAUUUCAGAUGGUGGGAAGGGUAAUCCUGAAAUUUUUCGAAUCUGUUCUAAUUACCUUAAAUUUAAAGGGAAAAAAAUAGCAGAUGGGAGUGGGUGGUUUUUCUCCUGUUCCUUUUCUUUGGCCUUACUAUUUCAUGUAUAACCAGUUUAUACACCAUAGGUAAGCUCAACCCAAAACCAUGACACGUGGGUGUCCCAGUUCUCUCCUGGCCUGCUGAAUAAGCAGGUGCCAUGAGAUGGGUGCUUCCGCUUCUGGGUUGCCUCAUCGUGACAUGUUACACCCACUUGGAAAUACACUCUGCAUCGCCUGGUGACCAGGCUUGUUUGGCAGCUGUGGAGGGGAAUACCAUCCCAUAAAAUGCCAUUCCUAUUUUUUAAGGUAAAACUACUUUUCCAUGAAAUAUGCUAAAGCAUCUUGGUACAGAGACAUGAGUUACAGCUUGGCAAUCUGUUGACUCUCGAUCUCUUGGAAGUCAAAGAAAGAUUGUUACCCACUUAAACCUCUGUUAAUGAGGCUGUUCCUAUCCACUCUCUGUACCAGUUCACAUUUGUUUUACAUUUUAUUCAGUCUCUAAAUUAACUGGGCCUUUGCAGUAACUUGUACAUAAAGUGCUAGAAAAUCAUGUUUCUUGUCUUGAGUAAGAGUUAUUCACAGUAAAUGCAUAUCUGGAGUUGUUUCUAUUGAUGUAAAUUGUGAUCAUUAUUUAAGAGGUCAAUUCCUGACCAUAAAGUGCUUUUUAUACAGCUCUCUAAUAAUUGCAAAUAUGAUCCUAAAGUUGUUUCUUGGAACACAAAUGGAGUAUGCCAAAUUUUAUAUAAUUUUUCAGGUUCUGGAAGCUUCCAGGUUUUAUAAUUAGAAGAUAAUGAGAUGAGUUAGUGGAGUUUAUAUUUACAUACCUUCUCUCUCAUCAUUUAGCUCAUAUUGCUCACCAUAUGAAUGAAUCUGGAAUUGUUUAUCAUGUAAAAUCAUCAUGAUCUAUGAGUUUACGAUUUUGCAGCCUGUGUUGUUUCAUCUAAUUCAUUUCUUAAUUAGUGUGUUGCUUUUCUAUGAAUGAUUAUAUUGUGGUUAAUAUGUUAGCAUGGCAUAUUUCAGAUAGCUUUUUGUUAGGAGCUUGGGGGUGUGGGGGGGGAACUGGGGAUUUCUUUGAAGUUUUUGCAUGAAAUAUCUUACUUUAUGAUGAUGGAAUUGCUUUUUCUUUUGUCUUAUGAUUUUUUUUAAGAGAUUUAACUUUUUGUGUGAGUAGUACUAUUGUAUCCAUCUUGAGUGUCUUACUUGUACUGUAUCACAUUCCAUACCCUCAUUUAAUUCUUAAUAAACUGUUCACUUGUUUUUCUGGGUAGCAUGGUAAUUACUGGAAUAGUAUAAAUGUAUUGAAUGGUCUUUGAAAAAAAUGGAUUAAGAUUACAAUAAACCACAAUUGCAGGAAAA